AUGACCUCCUCCCUCAGAAAUUCGUUGCAUAGGCGAAAUCAUAAAGAGCGCUCGCAGCUCUCUCAUCGCGCAAAAUUUGGUAUUUUAGAAAAGCACAAGGAUUAUGUCCAACGUGCACGGGAUUAUCACUCAAAACAGGAUCGUAUAACGCGCCUGAGGCAGAAGGCAGCGGAUAGGAAUAAGGAUGAGUUCUACUUUGGGAUGGUUAAGGAGAGGAUGGUGCAGGGGGUGCAUGUCAAGGAUAGAGGAAAUGUUUCUAUGCCUAUGGAUAUGGUUAAACUCCUCAAGACACAAGAUGAGGGUUAUGUUCGGACAAUGAGAGCCAACGGAAUCAAGGCAUACAUUCUAUGCGUGCUUGUGUCGUUUAUUCAACUCAUUCCUCGACAGAAAAUAGAGAGGAUCAAGAGCCAACUUACCGCCUUGGCUAACCUCAUUGCCCCGCAUGAUAACAUAGAGGAUGAUGGCGAGGACGCAUUGGACGAAACUGACCUGGAAACACUUCGAGAAGCAGGUGUCAUACCCCCAGAAACAAAACGACGUCCACCCCCACGACAUAUUAUCUUUGCUGAGAAUGAGACGGAAGGCGAGUCAAAGCAACUAUCUCAGCGGCGAUCUUCAAACCAAGUCAAAAUUACGACUGAAGUGGAUGUCGAACGGGCUGAAGUUGACCUCGGCUGGAAGACUGUAGAAAGUGUAUCUUCUCGACGGAGACGGAAGAACAAAUCCUCAGCCGGUGCAUCGAUGGAUAUUGUUGAGGAUACUGAAGAAAUACAGCAACUUAAUGUGCAAAACAAGAAGCGCCUCCUAAAAGAACUCGCUGCACGACUAAAGCGUGACACUCAAUUACGAUAUACGCAACGUGAACUAGAGAUGCAAAGACUUCUGGCAGGUAAGGGAGGUCGGCGAAAGCUGCGUGGUGUUGAAGAAGUAGGAGCUGAGAACAACGAUGAAGAUGAGGAUGAAAUGGAUGACACGGCAGCUUCCAAGGCAAGCAAAGCGGAUGAGAAAACUUACAAACCUCGGGUGUACAAGUGGCGUAUAGAAAGGAAACGAUAA